AUGAACCAGGAAGCCGAAGCCAUCUUCGAGCAGGAAACCAAUUUGGGAUUGCGAGUGUGGCAGCUGCUAUUUCUGUGCCUCGGUGCCGUGCUGGGCGUGAUCAUUAUGUUUUGCUGCUGCAUACGAUUCCGAAUCCCGCGCACCAAACAGGAAAUCGAGGCGGAUUAUCGGAGGAAAAAGUUAACCAGAAAAUUUCGUGAACGGUUGGAUUGUUUGAACAAUACCGAGAUCGACGAGAUGGAUUUAAUGAAGGCUCUGGAAAGAGUGCGUGAAGAGUUCCUGGCCGAAAGGCAGCGGACGGCAAAGUGCACUGAAAUUGAAGGAAAGGAAGACAACAAUUCGAUCAAUGAAGUGUAUCAGUGUGCUUGA